AUGGUUGAUUUUUGCAUAUCUCUGUCAUCGUCUAUUUCAGCUCUUUUUCAUCUAUUUUCACGACGCUUUCAUCUGCUUCUGCUACUUUUGACCGGUUUCUGUUUAACAUCAUUUAUGAGGGGAAAUCUCGGUGUUACAAUGACAUGUAUGGUCAACUCAACAGCAGUUGCACUAAAAGCUAUUCAGGAUAGUGUUGAAUCAAAUAAAACAAUAGCAAUUUUGAACAUCCCAGAGCAGUGCCGUCAAGAAGAUACUCCUAAAAGUGGUCUAAACGAUUAUGGGGGUACUAUAGAAUGGAAUGUUAAACGUCAAAAAGAAAUGUUUAAAGGAACAUUUUGGGGUAGUCUAAUAACAGUGUUGAUCUCUGGUUAUAUCGCCGAUCGAACAUCACCAAAAUGGUUAUUUCAAAUCGCAUUUACUAUCUAUGUGGUGACAACAGUGGUAUUUCCGUUCCUUGUAAAUCACGUAGGAUUUGAAGCUGCUUUCGCUUCACGUGUUCUUAUGGGCAUUGGUGAAGGUGCUGUAUUUCCAGCGAUUACUGCUCUAAUAGCUAAAUGGUAUCCAGCCGUCGAACGCAGUACAGCGGCAUCAUUUUCUACGGCGGGUAAUCAGUUGGCCGGAGUUCUUGGGUCUCCAUUUGCUGCAGCUCUUUGUGCAUCUGCAUGGCAAUGGCCAUCUGUUUUCUAUUCUUGUGGUGAGUUUCAAAGAAUUAUUGGUGCGAUAUGGUCUAUCUUGUGGUGUUUCACUGUUUCCGACACGCCAUCAAUGUGCAAAUAUAUGAGCCCAAACGAGAGGAAGUAUCUACAAUUAUGCGCUGCAGUUAAAAAAUCAGAAAUAAAAGAAGAUGUAAAAAUUCCAUGGAAAGCAAUUUUAACCUCUUUUCCUGUAUGGUCAGUUCUUAUUGGACAGCUUUCCACAAAUUUCAUUUCUGUAUUGAUGCAAUCUUAUAUUCCAACUUACUACAAAGAAGUUUUAUACAUGAAACUGAAAGAUAAUGGAUUUUAUUCUUCACUGCCAAAUAUAUUUUUAUGCGGUGCUAAAGUUUUGUGGGGUAUUGCGAUGGAUGCUCUACGAAGAAAAGGCAUCUGCUCUCCAACAGCCACCUGUAAACUGUCGCAGUGGUUCUCAAAUAUUACAUUGACAGUUGUAUUUUUGUGUUUGGCUUUCUUUGUUGAUUGUACUCGAAGUACUUUUGGAGUAGUACUAAUGUGUGGUUUCGGAAUUGGAUAUUCGGCGUCAGUUUCCGGGACAUUCACCAGUCUCCUUAGCUUAGCGCCAAACUUUACUGGAACAAUUUCUUCGCUUGCAAUGCUCUUUGGAAUAGUCGGGCGUCUUUUGGCUCCAGACCUUGUCGGACUUAUUAGAGUUUACGGUACUAUUAAAGAAUGGAGGUUGAUAUAUAUAACUUUAGCAGUUGUCUCCAUGAUUUGUUGCAUUCAAUUUGGUAUUUUCGGUUCAGCCGAAAUUCAGCCGUGGGCCACACAGGCGUCCCCUAAGGGUGCUGAGCAAGAAAAGUUACUUGAAGAGAAACUAACGCCUGGAAAGUUUUCAAAAGAGGACGAAAAUCUAAAGUCGAUCAGUGCCGAGAAGAGUACGGAAGAAUUAGUUGGAGAGUUUGUAAAUGGUAGGAGAAAUGAGGCGUACUAA